ACGUGAAGGUCCCGAUCCAGCGCCUCAGUUUGCUGCCAUGCAGCCGCAGCUUUGGUCAACGAUGAUCUGAUUAAGGAUCUGAUUUAAUCUCUACGUUUUUAUUUAGUUUAGCUUUUUUUUAAUCUGUAAUGAGCUUUUAUUACAUGUACUGCUUUAGAACUUGCAUUUAAUUGCAUCUAUGGUAAUCUGAGUAAAAGGUUCUAUCAAAGCAGCAGCUUGUUUAUCAUAAGCAGGGUCUGGGAUCCUGAACUGAAGAAGUUCUGUUAGUAGAAAGUGUUUUAACUGGAGGUUCUAGCCCUAAAUGAUCAGACCAGAGUGAAGGAGGACCAGUAUAAGACCUGAAGAUCCAAACGGACUGAGAGGAACUGGAGACGUUUCAGGACGUCUCACUUCUCUGCUUCCUUCAGAUAUUCUUCCCUCCUCAUUUAAAGCCAGUGUUUUCUCUGAUGCGAUGUUCACUAGAACUUCCUCUCUGACCCGGAAGAACAGAGCCGACGGGCAGGUCAUUAUUCAUCAGGUGCUUGGCUGCUGAUUGGCUGCUGGUUGGCUCCUGCUUGGGGUGAUGAUGAUGUGUUUCCGUGGAAACCGGGAUGAGUUUUAUGGGGAGGUCCUCCUAUUGGAUGGCAGGAGGCUGCCUCUGACCUCUGAGCAGGGCAUCAAGAGGUCUUCCAAGGCGGCGGCCAUCUUCCAGCUGGUGGCUUCUCACCUGAACCUGGUCCAGGUCCAGUUCUUCGGACUCAGAUUUUGCGACGUCAAACAGCGUUCGUUCUGGUUGGAUCCGACCAGAACUCUGCUGCAGCAUCAAGAGCUCAUCGGGCCUCCAUACAUUUUCUACUUUGGAGUAAAGUUCUACGUGGAAGAUCCAGUGAAGCUGCCGGACGAAACUACAAGGGGUCAGUUUUACUUGCAGCUCCGUCAGGACAUCCAGAGAGGGGUUCUUCCAUGCCCCGCCCACCUUAAACCCCACCUUUUGGCCCUGAUGCUGCAGGCGGACCGCGGGGACCACUGUGGAGAAACAACGUCUGAGGACCAGCAGGAAGUUCAGCUCAUCCAUCGAACACUGAGCGGAGUCCCCCGCCUUCAGGCUCAGAACCACUUCCUGUCCCUCUGCAGCUCGCUGCAGAUGUAUGGCGUCACCCUGUUCGCCGCCUGCGGGCAGAACCACACCGAGUACUUCCUGGGCCCAACCCCAGUGGGUGUGGUCAUCUUCAAGAACAAGGUGCUGGUGGGAAAAUAUCUCUGGCAAAGAAUCACCAAACUACGCUUUAAGGACGAGACCUUCGAGCUCCAAGUCUGCAGCAGAAACGGCUCGGAGGCAUCGUUCUUCUUCCAGAUGUACGAUCGCUGUGACUGCAGGCGUUUGUGGAGGUGCUGUGUCGAACAUCACGCCUUCUUCAGGAUGUCGGACGGAAACACGGCGACGCUGCGUCUGAAACACAGCAGUUUCGCCCGCUCUUCAUCUCUGACUCUUCCUCGGCUAAAAGGCAACCGGCUGAAAAGUCUUGACAAGAAAACAGCAGCAGACGAUUGUGCGAAAACCAAACCGUUCACCAAUCAGAAAGCAAGUGAGAUCAGCGAGCAGAUGAUCCGGCAGAUGGCGCCUGCUGCUGUUCAGAGGUCAGAGGGCGGAGCUACGGUUGACCUCAUGAAGCCCAGUGCACCAUGGGAAAACAGCCAAUCUGUAAAAGGCCUUUUCAACCCAAAGUUUCCAUCAAACAUCAGAGAAGAACAAGGAGGUCAACAAAGGCGUAGCAGAAGUCUUGAUGGUGAUCGACCAACCAGAGGACAGAGGAGGAGGUCUAGUUCCCAUGGCAACACCAGCAGUGGCAGUGAAUCUGGAAGGAUGAGUGCCGGAAAACAACGCCACAGACGGCGGAGUCCUGACGCCCAAAUAUGGAAGCACAUCCAGAAGCAGCUGGUGGAGCCUGAAGGUCUAAAUGACAGACAGACAGAGGAAAUACCAUAUAAGGAAGUGAGAGUUUCAGCUAAACCAAUAAGAAUGCAUCGUUCUUCAAGGGGGCGGCGACAUCGACGGUGGGCGUCAGCUUCAGAGCUGCGGUCUAAAGUGGAGGUGGUGCUGCCUCUGUCCGUUACCAUGGCAACCGCCACCUAUCCAGCAGAAGGGCCACUCAGCCAGCAAGGCGGCCAGAAUACGCAUGAUGCUACCACGGCAACAGCAACCAGUGCAGGGCCUCUGAGGACCAGCAGGGAGUGUAAAGACUGGAAAACAUAGAAAAAGAAUUUAAAAUAUUUUUUUCUAACAUCGCCAUGGUAACCCUGACAGUCCAUGUCCACCUGAAACAGCUGUUUCCAUUCUAGUGGAUGUAAGGAUGGGCCGAUGGAUGGUCACAUAUGGAGUGAAGUUUGUUCCAUUAUUGUUGCAAAGAACGUGUUCUGUUAGAAAUGACCCCUCAUCUGGGCUAAACCGAACCGAAUGAGAACCAAAGCAGAUUAGUUAAGCUUUUUGCAAUUUUAUCAGGAGAUUAUGGACAUAUUAACUAGAACUGGAUGUUAUAGUUAAUUAAUAGGUCAUUCAAAUCAAGGGUAAAACCAAUUAAUGUUUAUUAGUUAACUGAUUUUAACUGAUAUCUGCUUACGCUCUCUGCUACAUUAAAGUCUUUUAUCCAACCGCUGGAACUUUACUGUUUGCCACAAAAUGUGAGAGAAAAAAGCUUUAAAUUUUAAGAUUAUCUG